CAACAGCCCCAGCAGUCCCAGCCCCCGCGUGAGCCCGUUUGCCCGCAGAUCCCCGGUGCCGAAGAUGUGCUGGUUAUCAUGAAAACCGGCGCGAGCGAGGUGCAACAGAAGCUGCCGGUGCAUUUGGAAACAACGUUCCGCUGCGUGCCGCACUUCGCCGUCUUCUCGGAUUUGGAAGAGGAGGUCGCUGGCGUGCACGUACAUGACACGUUGGACCAAGUAAGCGAGCAAAUCAAGCAGACGAACCCGGACUUUCAGUUCUACCACCAGCUGCGCGAAUACCGUGCUGCAGGGCGCAAUGUGUCGGAGUUGGUGCAAGGGAGCAGCCAGGCGGCGUGGAACCUCGACCGGUGGAAGUUCCUGCCGCUCAUGGAAAAGGCGCUGAAAACGCGCCCCGAGGCCAAGUGGUUCGUCUUCAUCGAGGCCGACACGGCCAUCGUCUGGUCCAACUUGCUCGAGUGGCUGCAGCGCUUCGACCCGUCGAAGCCCUACUACAUUGGCGGGCAGAGCUGGGUGGGCGAGCACCAGUUCGGACACGGCGGCACCGGCUUCGUCGUCUCGAACCCAGCUCUCAGUAUGCUCGUAGAGAAGCGCGCGCAGAACCUCGAUUCGUUUGAUCAGCUGACUGCCAACACGUGGGUGGGCGACUUGGUGCUGGGCGAGGCCUUUGAGACGGUCGGCAUCUACUUAACGCCGGCGUGGCCGACGCUGCAGGGCGAGACGCCCUACUCCCUUGACUACACCGAGCACCACUGGUGUUACCCUGUCGUUUCGUGGCAUCACAUGCCACCCGAGUGGAUCAAGGCUGUGUGGGAAUUUGAGCAGGAGUGGCUGAGCUCUAACAAGCUACCAGCCAUCCGGCACCGCGACAUCUUCGCGCAAUUUGUGUGGCCGUACAUCCAGCAGGAGAGGACCAUGUGGGACAACUUGUCCGACGACUUUGAGGAGACGCCUUUGGAAUACACGUCGGACGGGUGCCGGGCCGCGUGCGAGUACCGGCUGGAGUGCGUGCAGUGGCUCUACACCGAGGGCCGGUGCCAGACGGGAGCGGUCAUCAAGCUGGGCGGGGAGGUUGAAGAAGGUGGGUUGGACGGGACGUCGGGGUGGGUGAUGGAGAGGAUUCAACUCUUCAUGCAGAACGUCGAG